GCUACGAUCAUUUGUCUACGGAACGGCGCCGCGUUAAGUUCGUUAGACGCGAAAAGCGACAGAAAGGAAAUCCCCCUCAAAAAAAACAAUAACGAACCGCGUCCGCUGAAGUGACAGUUUGGUUUUUAGUAAGAAAGCCAAACUCCAACUCCGACUCUGGGCCAAGUACUCCGGCAAUUAGGCCCUUCGAGUGUUUGUGUGUUAAGCUGUGAAGAAAGUUCGGCGAGUGUGCGUGCGGCAGCAGUUACGAAACGCGGUUUCCGCCGGCGAACCCAAAAUAAAAACCCGGGAGCCCCAGAGAGAAAUACAUAUCUGUGAAAGCGCAAAAUGGGUCACCUUUCCACCUCGGAGCGAGUGUGCAGCAAGACGCCGGCCAUUUCGGGGGAUUCGAGUCCGCCGCUAGUGGCCCGCCGGUCCAAGUUGGCCAACGGGGAUGCCCAGCAGCAGGUGCGACGGGGCGAGGAUUCGUCCCCGGAGCUGCCGCCACGCGGCAAACUGCAGCUGCCCCCCAAGAGGGAGGAACUGCCGCGGGCCGUCAUCCCCAAAGGGAUCGCCAGGCACGUGCCCAGGGACGCCAUCGAUCUCGAGGAGUACACCCGCACCUUCGUCGGCGAUCGCGUGCUGGGAUGGCAGUUUAAGGCCCCCCUAAAGUGGGACAAAGUCAUCCAGAUCUCAUUGCUCCACAUCGUGGCCGGAAUCUGCCUGCUGACCUAUCCGCUGCGAGACCUCAAUCUCUACACCACCAUCUGGUCAUUCUUCGUUGGCGGCGUGGCUGGAUUUGGAGUUACGGCCGGAGCCCAUAGGUUCUGGACCCAUCGAAGCUACAAGGCCAACACCGUGUUGCGAUCCAUUCUGAUGGUCUGCUACUGCGUGGCCGGACAGAACACCCUGUACGACUGGGUUCGUGACCACCGAGUUCACCACAAAUAUUCGGAGACGGAUGCGGAUCCUCACAAUGCCAACAGGGGAUUUUUCUUCUCCCACGUGGGCUGGCUGAUGAUGCUGAAACAUCCGGAUGUGCUUCGUCGCGGUCGCCAGAUCGACAUGAGCGACAUUCUGGCAGAUCCCGUGGUGCGAUUCCACCAGAAAUACUUUAUCCCCCUGAAGACCUUCUUCUGCUUCAUCUUGCCUACUGUGAUCCCAGUUUAUUUCUGGGGUGAAUCCUGGACGCUGGCCUUUGUGCAGCAGUGCCUUUUCCGCUACGUGAGCAGCCUGAACUUCACCUGGUCUGUGAACAGUGCCGCCCAUCUGUGGGGAUCCCGACCCUAUGAUAAGCGCAUCAUGCCCAGCGAGAACAUCUACGUGUCGCUGUUGGCCAUGGGCGAGGGAUGGCACAACUACCACCACGUCUUCCCCUGGGACUACAAAGCAGCCGAGCUGGGCAACUACACUGUGAACUUCACCACCAUGGUGCUGGAUGCCUUCCACAAGCUGGGCUGGGCCUGGAACAUGAAGCAGCCCUCCAAGGAGCUGGUGCGUCGCACCCUGGAGAAGUAUGGCGAUGGCACCCACGCCUCCCAGAUGGGAGGUCCUGAGGAGUUCAAGGACGGAGUGGUGGCCGGCGCCACCAUGGUGGGUCAUGUCCACUACGCCGAGGUACCUGAUCCGGAUCUGGAGUACGAUGCCGAGUCCAGCAGCACGGAGAGCGCCAAGCUGGACGAGAACGAGAACGAGGGCGAGCGGAUGAAGAAGUCCAAGAAGGCGGCCAACUAGGGAUCGGAAUUGGAUUCGGGAACUGGCGUCCAGGCAUCUAGAGAUCGAGAUGGGCUCGCGGAUCACUGAUGGGAAGGAUCGUCACUUAAUCUUGCGUCUAUGCGAGGGCGGGACAUAGUCGAUAAUCGUUUUUUUAAAUUAAACUCUAUUCUAUUAUUAUCUAUAUCUUCACUCCAAACCAACACACUUGCACCGCAAUGGUUAACACUCACACAGAUUCACACACUCACACUCACACACCAGACACAUACCCCACAUCCACUCAUUUUCAAAUCUUCAUUUGUGUAGGUUUAGGUAUUUAGCAGAUAGCACGGUACGACAUAAGUUAUGAGUCACACACAAAUUUACGUAUAAAUGACAACAACAAAAUAUGCCGAAACAAAUAAAAAACAAAAAUAAAUAUUU